AUGCAAAACUACGGCCAGCCUGUGUAUGACCGCCCCGGCAGCACAGCGAGCUUCUCAGGGCAGCACGCGCCGCCGGUGCCGCCUUAUCAACAACAGCAGCAGCAGCAACAACAACAAUGGGGCCAACAACCGCCUCCGCAGCAGCAGCAAUCAGGGUACAACCCCAACACAUAUGGCGCCAUGCCAGGCGGCUACGCCCCGGGCUCGCAGCCGCACGGCGACGUUCCCCCUCCACCGCCGCCCAAACCUUAUGGCUUCGCAGCUGCCGUGCAGCAACAGAAUGAGCAAACACCACAGUACGUCCAGAACGCACAGAACUGGCAGCAGCCGCAACAGUCAAAUCCAGGCUAUACACAGCAAGGAGGUUACCCAGGGUAUAACAAUGCUGCACCUCCACCACCCUCUACUACACCUGCCGGCUCGUACUUUCCCCCUUCGCAAGGGGGACGCCCGGGCUCGAUAUACGGCGGGGACCAAAUUGGAGUCACGCCAUCCCCUGUACUCCAGCGGCCUCCCAGCACUGUGAUGAGUCCGAACGAGCAGGCUCCAGCAUACAUACCACCAUCACUGUCGGGGCAAGGUGUACAGGCAUACAUGCCGUCAAACACAAAUCCUAUGCCUGGCGUAUACGUGCCUCCUCCGCCAGAUGUUCCGGCGUGGCAGCAAGCUCAGCAUGCACCUUUGCAGGGCGGGAACAAGAGGUUCACAUAUACCAAACCUACCGUAGACCCUAGUUUCUAUGCGCAGGGCUACCAGGGUGUGCAGCAGCAGCAGCAACAUCAACAACCACAACCGCCGCCUUUGCCACCGCGGUUCGAGCAGUCAGGACAGCAGCCACACCAACCGUAUGUGCAACCUCAACAAUACCAGCAGCCUCCACCAAUCCACGGCCAGCAUCAGCAACAGCAGCAGCAGCAGGCUGCGCAACCUCCUGCGCAUUUCGGACAGCUGGGGCAACCUGUUCAGCCUCUCCAACACGCCCAGCCUCCAGUGCCCGAGUCGUACAUUCAGCAACAAGCUGCGCAAUUGGAGCAGUAUGCGCAGACUCACCAGCAGCAGCAGAUGCAGAGCCCUGCACAGACGCAACCUCAGUGGCAGGCGCCGGCGCCGGCGCCCCAACCUUCUAUGGGACAGCCAUAUCAAGGAGGGCCCGAGUCGACCACGCAAGCACCAAGACCGCUUGAACGUACUGACACUGCACCGAACUUCGUAAACCAGGCUACUCCGCAGAGCCAAUACGUAUCCCCUGUUGUUAGUCAUCAUGCUUCUAGCUUUGCACCAAACCACGCUGCGCGUACCGAUUCGGUAAGCUCAAUCGCAUUAGCUAAUCUACAAUCCCAACGUGCAGCGACUCGGACAGCUUCACCUAAACCGCCCUCGUUCGUGAUUCCCACACCACCUCCGCCUCGGGAUGAUGCAUCGAGAUUCAGUGCUCUAGGCACAGGUGGUCCCUCAGAUUGGGAGAACUUCGGUGCGGGCGAUGAGAUUGACGACGAAGCUCUAUUCGCGAAAAAACCUGAGCCUGCACAGUUGGAUAGCGUGGAGCUACCUGCUCAUCAGCCCUCGCCACCAUCUACACAGGGCUGGCCGAGUCCAGCCAAUCCUCCCUACCAUAACAGUCAGCACGAUACAUACCAGCCGACCCCUCCGACCGCCACAGUCAGUCCUGUACAUAGGACACCCUCACCUAGGACACCCCAACAAAACUUCUUUGCAAAUGAUGCGGUUGUCGCACCACUGGUAGUUUCGCCUAAGCCACUCCAGAACGAUGUCGGUCACACCUGGGGUCUGUCACAACAAGAUAAGGAGCAACCAAAUAUGCGGGUUUCCAAGGAUGACCUUGAUCUUCCUGCCAAGUUGCAAGCAAAAGAUGAGGAACUUUGGCGCCUCCGUAGAGAAACCAAAGACGAAAUGCAGAAAGUACAGGCUGAGAUUGAAGCCGGAAAGGCUGAGUUUCUGGCUGAGAUAGCGCGCUUGAAGACUGAAGAGGGGGCAGCCAGAAGUUUAGCAGACGAGCAGAGCAUGCAGCUGACGCAGCAGAUUGAAGUCAUGAAGCUUGCUGCGGAACAAGCAAAGAUCGAUGCUGAUGCGCUAAGAAAGGAAAACGAUCUCACUAUCGAGAGGAUCAAAGAAGACAUGGAAGGGAAGGAGGACACGAUCAGGGAGCGCGAUGCAACCGUUGUAGAUCUCCGAAAACAGCUUGACGACCUCCGUCGUCAACUCGAAGAAGAGAAGUCAAGGGAACCACCCGAACCUCCUAAACCUACAGCCCUCGAUCUGAUACCAGAUCUGGAUCCCUGGUAUGCUGGCUCUCUUGAGCGUUACAUCGUCAUGCUCCGUGGCGAAGCAAAUGAACCGCAGGUGGAUGAAAAAAUCAAGACGUUCAAGGCCUUCUUAAAGACUGAAUCUGCCAUUAGAGGCAUCGACUACAACGAUAGUGUGACGGUUGUCCCAGCGGCCGAGCAUGUACAUGCUGAAAGUGUACCUGCUGCUGCCGCCGAUCCACGAGGCUUGAGUGUCACAGUACCACAGGAAUCUCCGGAUGACGAUGACUACGAGUACAGCCCUGGUGGCCGGCCCUUGCUGAAACGCUCAAAGAUUCCAACUGGAGAUACGCAUGACCCAUCCAUCCAUUCCUCACAGUCUACAGCCAUCUUGACUCCUGCAAGCUCGGUCCCAGAUGACUCGACCCCUGUGCAAGCUACGGCUGCCGAAGAGCAGGCACAGUCGCUAUACAAAGCUUAUGUACCACCUCUUAUGACAACGGGCGUUGAAUCGUCUCUUGCUCAACGAAGAGCAACGGGACAUUCUGGACUGCCAAAUAUAGCCACUCCUGUGGGCCCUGGAAGUAACCAUGAUGAGAUAUUCUUCGGACCUCCAGAUUCCGGCAGUACUCGAGCAGCUCAUCAGCCAGGUGGCAGCAAUGGGACGAGUAACAUUCCUGUCGUGGCUCCAUUGAAUCUUACGUCAGGGCGCCCAGUCUCUAUGGUAGCACCUCCAAAGGGCAACGCUCUCGACACGCUCAAUAGCCUUCUACCUACCCAAAUCCGGCCUGUGCAAAAGAAUUCUUCCGUUGAGUCGCUUCGAGAGAACGCUGCAGCUAUCAAGUCUAAAUUGAAAGACACGGAGGAAUUGACAACAUCCUGGGAGAAAUCUGCAUCGCUCACGCGCAGAAAAAAUGCCGAUGCACGUCGCAAGCGCGGAGAAGAAAGCGAAUCUCACAAUGACGAUCUGUUCAAUGCAGACGAGAUUUCCUAUGCCGAGUUGAAAGAUCUUGAAGCUGAGUUCAAGGAGGAGGAGAACAAGUUGAAGAAUCAGGAAGAUCAAGACGAGUGCAAGAGCUACGUGCAAACGGUCUUUGACAAAGUAUACCAAGAUCUUCAGGCCGACAUCACCGCACUCACCGACCUGUAUAUCGAAGCAGAGACUUUGCUUCAGACUUCAGUGUCUGGACUGAAGAGCCUCGGAGGCGGUGACACAAUGACCACUAAAGACUGUCUUGAGCUGCUCAUAGACUUGCAUAAACAGAUCGAAAAGGCCCACGACGAGGUCGUGCAAGCUAUUGCCGAGCGAGACAAGCGAUACAAGAAGACUGAGAUCCAGCCGUUGUACAACGCUGGCAACAUGGCGAAGAUGAAGGUGGUUGAGAAGCACUUCGAACAAGCCGAGAAACAGGCCAUCUACAGAGCGAAGAACGAGAAGGUAGAACGCCUGGGCGACUUGAUCAAAGUUGCAGAAGAGGCCGUUGUAGGUGCUGUGAGCAUUGAGCAGGGCGAACGUAGCCGCAUCGUCGCUGCACUUCGCGACCUGAAAGAGGGCGACAAUGCCGAUGUUCUGAGCCGGGCCAACGAGUCUCUCAACCUACUUCACGAUGCGUCCAACUCGCUCCUCGUCAUCUUCCACCGUUUGGAGAUCGACUUUAAUAUAAUCGAGGCCGAUGCCGAUAUCGCACAAGCGCGCCUCGACGGCGCACCCGAGUCAAAGGUCCAAGAGAUCCAGUCACGCAUGAGCGCGAAGGAGACCGAGCUGAAAGACGAGUUCAAUCGGCGAAGCACCGUGCUCGACCAAGACCGCGAAGAGUCGGGGAACUUGAUCAAGCAACAGGGGGAACCUGCGGAGACUAGUGACGAGCUGGAGAAAGCAAAGAGGCUUAAGGCGGCGCUCGAGGAGGCGAAGAGGAGGAACGGACAUGCUUGA